AGGAGCAUUUCUAUGAUUUCAUGGUAAGAAGUGCUACCGAAUAAUUUUUGAGCACGCAUUUUGGUGUCAUGGCGUCCUCCUGUUCUCAAGCUCUCAGGCAUCAUGUGUGUAAGAGCAGCAGAUUAUUGCGCGUUCAUCUGCAGAAGUCAUGGACAAAUAGGUCAUUUGAAGGGGCUGUAUGUGUCAGCUCAAGUUUUGCUCUAAAUUCUGCUGCAGAUCAACAACCUGCCGUUUCUUCACCAGAGGAAAUAGUCAUUCCAAAGAAGAAAACAUGGAGCAAAGAGGCCGUCUUACAGGCACUGGCAUCCACUGUGAAAAGGGAUCCUACAGCCUCUGAUUACAGAUUCCAGGAUGAUCCAUAUCUCACUCCAAAAACAUCAUCAGAGUUUAAAUUAUUUUCCUUGUCCCAGGAGUCGGGCAGAAAUGCUGCUAAAUAUUUCAUCAAUACAUACCCAAAAUACUUCCAGAAAGACUACGCACAGCCUCAUAUUCCUUGUUUGAUGCCGGACACUCUUGAGGCUCAGAUAGAGGAGGUGUCUGAAGCUGCUCUCAUAGAGAGAAUUGGGAUGAGAAAAGUCAAAGCUGCUGUGGAUCUGUACGACCAGCUGCUGCAGGCCGGUACAUCAGUGUCAUUGGAUGUGACCAAUCAGUUGUUAGAUCUGAUUUGUUUCUAUGGAGAUCAUGAUCCGGCGCAAGAGAACGUCCCAGAACAGAGGAAUGAGGAGACGGAGGAUGUUCAGGAUGAACCGCAGGCUAAAAAAGGAAGAGCAGCUAAAGCUAGUGAUUUACUGAAGGCCACCUGGAAAGAGAAGAAUAAUGCAGAGAGGAUCUUUGCGCUGCUGUCAGAGCCAAACACGCAUUCAUACAGCGCUCUGAUACGAGGCAUGGUGAAGUAUGGAGCUUAUUCUAAAGCGUUCAGCACCUACACUGACCUGCUCAACAGCCGACUGAAAGCCGAUGUGCACACGUUCAAUGCCCUGAUCACAGCCGCCCCGGAAGUAAAAGAGAAAUACAAUGAGAAAUGGGAGCUGAUAGUGGAUCUUUUGAAGCAGAUGGCAGAGCAGAAGGUCAAGCCGAACCUCCUGACGCUGAACGCUGUCCUGAAGGCUUUGAGACGCUGUGGCACUGUGGGCAAAUCGCAGGCCUUUCCUGUGAUCAGUGAGAUGAAGGCUCUCUCCAUCGAUCUCAGCCUGGCCUCUUACUCUCACUUGCUCGCCAUAUUUUAUAAACCAGGUGCCCCAAUUCAGGGCCAAACGGACAUUCUACAGGAAGUGAUGAACGAGGUGUCAGGGAAGAGCUUCACUCCUCAGGACCCUGAUGAUGCACAGUUCUUCAUUACUGCUAUGAGAAUUUGUCUUGACACUAAGGACAUGGAGCAGGCGUACAGGGUCCAUGAGCUGCUGGGGGUUGGAGAGAAUUGGAGACUUCUGGGAAAUGAUUUCCAACAGAACAUUUACUAUGCGCGGUUCUUCAGUCUGCUCUGUAUGAUGGAGAACAUUGACGUGAUGCUGAAGUGGUACAGAGAUCUUGUUCCUUCAGUGUACUACCCCAGUUCUAACGUCAUGAGAGACCUGCUCCAAGCGCUUGAUACCGACAACAGAUUAGACCUCAUCCCACAAAUAUGGAAAGAUAUCAAACAGUUGGGGCAUGCAAACAGGCAGAAUCUAGUGGAAGAGUUGCUGACACUUAUGGCAAGAGAGAAGCAUAAUCAGGAGGUGCAGGAGUCGUUUGCUGAGUGUGCGCUGGACAUCAAGAAAAUAUACGACACGGGUGACCGGGGCAAAGUUUUGCUGAACUGGACGGCCGGUUCUCUCAGUGACCUCAUCUCUGUGUUACUAGCAGCUCAUAGGAGACAGGACGCCUGGGACAUGCUGAAACUCUUCAAAACGCACAACAGAGUUCCGAGUGAGGAGCUGCUGAACAAGUUCUUGAUGUGUGUAAAAGAGGAUGGUGAUGUGAAUCAGGCGGUGGAGCUGGUGCAGAUCUCAGCUGGCUUCUGUUUGCCCGGGACCCCAAAACUCAUCCAGAGGGUCCAGCAGGAGUUUGAGCUCACAGAGCAGCAGAGGAAAAUGUUGUCUGAUCUGGAGAUUCAGUCGUUUAACAGCGAGUAAAUCUCGGGCUGACGGAUGGAUCAUAGCAGCUAAAUAUCUGGAGAAAUGCCACUGUGUUAAUUAAUUUUUAAUGUCAUUAAUAAUUGUGUACUUGUCACAUGCACAGAUUUCAGUCUUCAUUCAGAUGGAAAGUAAAGUACUGUGAAAAAAAGAAGUUUUCUCCCAUUUCCUUGUGGAUUCUGGACUGGUUCUUCAGGACAGUUUCACCUUUUCUGCCGUAGUCUACAAAAUUCUAACUGUUGUUAUUAAAGCAUUUAGUGAGACUCUAAGUAGAAUAAUGCAUUCAGUAUCAAUGUUUGUUUGGCGCUUGAACUCAAAAUAUGGUCAUAUAAUUGAGGAUGAUGGAUUUAUUUUGUUGAAAUCUUUUAAAGUCUUUGAUGUGGUUGGAGAUACUUUUAUUUUUAAGGCACUUUAUCAUUUUGGGUAUAAACUAAAAUAAAUAAAUAUCAUCAAAUGUUUUAUGAUGACAUAAUCCUUUUGGUCUUCAGAAAAUUGACAAUCUUUAAAUGAAUUAAAAAUAAAUAAAUUCACAGCUUAAAUAAACAACUAUGUUCAAUUUCAGGACCUAAAAAUGCAAGCUCUGGAAAUACAGGCAUUCAGAUGCAAGCACUGUUACUGCAAUGCAUUUUUUUCUUUCAGUUAGUGCUAUUCAACAUGCUUUUUUGUUUCAAAGACAUGGCAGUAUUUUUCUUCCAUAUAUUUACCUCUGUUGUUUUUUAUGUUUGAAGAACUGAUGGCCAUGCUAGAAAAGAAGGCUAAUAUUGCUGGUAUUUAUGCAAAACAUAUGUAUUAGUAAAUUAAGUUUAUUAAAAGAAAUGAAUGCAAUAAACUCAAAUCCCUGGCUUCACAGACCAGACUUAAGCCUAAUCCUAGACUAAAAUGUAAGUCUGAGCUGUUUCAACUGAAAGAAACUUGCACUGAAAUAUAUCAAUGCCUUUGUUUUGUCUCAAGAUGCACACCAGUAAUGUUUUUUUUUUUUUAGGUAUGUGUUUAAAAAUGACUUAACUAUGGCCUAAUCCUGGUUUAGUCUAAGCCGAGUCUAGUGAAACUGGGCCUAAAUGUUUUGCCAAAGCAACAGUAUUAUAGUUCAGUACAUCAAAUUGAACUGAUCACUGAGCUCCAUUUAGCCUCGAUGCAAUAAGUUUGCAAUAAGCAAUUUUAAAAGAUGAAGAGAAAAUUGAAUGUCAGUAAAAUGUAGAAAAAUUAAUGUUAUAUUAGCAACUUGUCUUUUAAAACUCAUAUUUCACAUUACAAAAACAACAUUCUUCUACCAUAGAAACAUUGCCAAGUUCUAGAACAUGUUUUCUGAUUCUGAUGCAGAAAUGCUAGUUAGAUUAUUGUAAUGUUCUACAUGGUGCUUGUCCUGCAUCUUCAAUAAACCCCAAUUUUAUCAUUUC